AUGGGGCGUGCCUGGACCCAGGCCCACCUGAGAGGUGAUCUCUGGCUGCCUCUGCUCUGGCUUUUCCUGUCUCCAACCUGCUGUUCCCAUGACCCACCAGGAUGGCGCUUCACUUCUUCUGAAAUUGUGAUUCCCAGGAAGGUGUCCCACAGAGUGAGUGGAAUUGAGAGACAAGGCCAGCUCUCCUACAAGAUUCGCUUCAGCGGCCAAAGACAUGUGGUUCACUUGAGAGUCAAGAAGAACUUGCUGCCCAGACAUUUUCCUGUUAUCACCGAUAACGACCAAGGUGCCAUGCAGGAGAACUACCCUUAUAUCCCCCGAGACUGUUACUACUUUAGCUACCUGGAAGGGGUUCCUGGGUCCAUGGGCACCCUGGACACCUGCCAUGGGGGUCUGCGUGGCAUGCUGCAGCUGGACGACUUCACUUACGAAAUCAAACCAUUGGAGGCUUCUUCCAAAUUUGAGCAUCUGAUUUCUCAGCUUGUGACACAGAAAACAGCAGCAGAGGAUGAGAAAUGUGAGGCUGAAGAGAAAAAUACAAAUCAAGAGUAUGAGGAGGCAAUGAUUUCUGAAAUGCCUAGAGCAGGCACUGUGUAUUUGUGGUGGCCACACAGGAAAGCCUUGAAAGUUCACUACACAGUUUCAAACUCAUUAGUUGUUCAGAAGAGUAAUGAGACACGUGUAAUAAGAGAAUAUAGACAGAAGAUCACUGGGACCUCCUAUUAUAGCAGCCAUAAUGGAAUAUGCAACCCCAAUUGGCGAGCAUCAUAUUUAUAUGUUGUAAGAUAUCACAUAUUUUUAGCUGCUACUGUUGGAGCACAUGCAAUAGGUCUUAUGGGUGCAUUUCACGAUGUUCCAGGUUGUCGGUGUUUUCGAAGAUAUCAGUGCCUCAUGGCUCCUAAUCCUGGUCUUCUAGACAUGAUAAGCAAUUGUACUUUUGAGGCUAUUCAUCAGUGGUUGCAUAUGUGGGAUCCUUGUUUGAGCUCACUAAAUAUAGCAUAUAAUAAUUUUCCUUAUGUAGCUAGACGGUGUGGUGACAAGAUAAUAGAUAAUUUUGAAGAAUGUGACUGUGGCACCUUAAAAGACUGUAGUAAGGUUUCAUGUUGCGAAACCAGUUGUAUCCUCAGCCUUGGCAGUGGUUGUGAUCAUGGAGAUUGCUGCAUGAAGUGUAAAUAUGCUCAACCUGGAUAUAUGUACAGAGAUACUCUUGGUAUUUGUGAUUUACCAGAAUACUGUAAUGGGAAGACACAUGAUUGUCCAGCUGACACUUAUAUACAGGAAGAAACAGCAUCAGCUGUUUGUGUGAGGGGAAACUGUAGUGACUGUGAUUUACACUGUCAAGCCCUCUUUGGCUAUGACAUAAAAGAUGCUAUCCCAGCAUGCUAUGACGUAUUGAAUGUCAGGGGUGACCAAUUCGGAAACUGUGGUGUGAGGGUGAUUUGAGAAGGAGGAAAACCUGUACAAUGUGAACAAGAUGAUGUUCUGUGUGGACUGCUACACUGUAGCAAUGUGAAGGAAAUUCCUGGUGGUGGGGAGCACACUGCAUUUCAUCAAAUAAUACAGUUAUAG